AUGAAUUCACUGGUCAAGCAAUAUUUAUCAGCAACGGAUCAAGAACAACAAUUACUCGUGUUGUAUCGCUUGUUCAAAACCUAUGAUUUGGAUGGAAAUAAUCAAAUUGAUCGAAAGGAGGUUAUUCCUCUAUUUAUGGAUUUUUUAAAAGAACUCGGAAUGGAUCCUGCACAAAUUACUUCCAAUGAUGUCAAACAAUUCAUCAAAGGUAUUGAUACCGAUCAAAACGGAGCGAUUGAUUUUAUUGAAUUUGAAAAAUGGUUUCGUGAAGCUGUUUCAGUACUUUCAGAUUCCAAAAAGAGUGCAGCAGCACCUUCCAAAAAGAAAUUAUCAUCAAAAACAUUACUCGAUGAAUAUCUCACUGAAAAAGAUGCAAAAAAACAAUUAGCUAUUUUACAACGAAUUUUCAACAAGUAUGAUUUGAAUGAGGAUGGCCAGAUUGAUCGAAAUGAGUUUAAACAAUUUCUCACUGACUUGUUUACACAAUUUGAGCUUGGAGUGCCAAGUAAGGAGAAUUUGUUAUACUUUUUUGAUACCAUAGAUGUGGAUAAAUCGGGAACCAUUAAUUUACAGGAAAUUGAAAAGUGGUUUAAGGAGAAUAUUGAAAAAUUCACACAAUGA